AUGGACGGCCAAAGCGUGAUAUCGGCAACACAGCCAUGCAACCGCAAUGCCUUCAAGACGCCAAAUCUUACCAAGCCUCCAAAGACGACGGCAACCGUUUCGGCAGCAGCCGUGUUCAAGCGGCAGAAGGUGGAAUUGGCGCAGACAGGCUCCCGUUUCCGUAGUCCACAAAAGUCGGCUGCAGAAAGAUGGAGCAAAAGGAGGCAAGUGGAGAAGGUGCAUCCACUGGCACUUUCCUUCCAAGAGACGAGUAAAGAAUACCGCCGCCACCUGUACUCGAUUGCCGUUACUAAGAUCAACAAAGACGUCGACGCACUCCUAAACAAACUCGACGAAAGCAACGUCCAGACGACCUGUUCAGACGCUGCUAGCAGCGGCUCGGAAGCCUCACCGCUCAGGCUUACUGUGGCUUUCAAGUAUCAGCGUCUUGUCGAAAAGCUCUGCAGUCCACUUUCUGGUUGUCACUACGGUCUGCAGCGCACGACUGCUACGGGCGAGAGGGAGCGUGUCCAGGCGACGUUGCACGACCGCUUACAGGCCUUUGAGAAGCACAUGGAGGCAGAAACGCAUGAGAUCAAGGAGCUACAGAGGCAGUGGGAGGGCGUGGUGGCUGAGAUGUUCCAGCUGGGAGUGACUUGCUUGGGCGAGAGGGGCAUGGCAGCUUUGCUCUCUACUGCUGAGACGGACACAAACGCCUCAUGGCCUGCUUCCAAGGCGGGAUCGACCCUCUUCCUUGCCGAGCACGGCAGCCCCGCUCAGAAGGGCAGGCGAAAGAGGAAGCGCGUUUCUUUUGUGGGUCCAGACUUGAUGAGUUUGUUCCCCGCAUUCUUGAUGGAGGCCACAGAGGUUCCCAAGCCGUCUACGCCUGCUGCUCUCCACCUGUCUCACGAGGAGGUUCAGCGGCUCGAAGUGGAGAUGGUCGGCCUAGGGAAGCAGCACGUGGCAGACCUGCAAAGGCUGGAGAAGGAGGAUCAGAAGUGGUGGAUGAGGAAGCAGAGCCAGCUUGCGCAUACGUUUACGCAAGACUGA